AUGCAGUCAAAACAACACGGUCUAGGAACACCUUCAGCUGACGCCUACAUACCCGCAGAGUCAGCUCCAGCGGAAGAGCCUGAAGAGGUGCGAGUCCUGCGGGCCGAAGUGCAGCUGCUAAAAGGCGGUCUGGCGCGCGCGAGGGAACGCGAAGCGGCCGCGUUGCACCAGCUGCAAGAAGUCGCCGCCGCGGCGAAUGCCAAGCUCGCAGUAGCCAACGCUGAGGUGGCGUCGGUGCGUGCUGAGCUGUCAGCAGCGAACGCCAGAGCGAAUGCAGCGCGAAGGGAGAAAGACGCGGCGAUGAUGGCGGCAGAUAGACGGAUAGACGCUCUGCAGAGGGAGCUUUCAGUGUUGAUGGAAGAGAGGGAGGAGGCGGCAGAAGUGGCGGUGGCGGGACGGGAGAGCUUAGACAGAGCGGAGGAGUAUCUAAAAGCACUGGAUAUCGCAAAAGUGGAGGUUAAGAAGCUUAGACUUGAAAGGGAUAUUUUGAUGGAGAAGAAUAGAUUGCUGGAAGAGGAGAAGAAUAAAAGCAAGAAUGGCAAGAAAAGCGUGGACAAUGCGCAGGCUAAGGGAGUGUCGGACGUACCUGACGUACAUGUGACGGAUCCCGUCGGUGGUGAGAAAUCGCCUGCAAGCUCGGCGUCGGACACGGUUUUGGGUCCUUUCGAAGCUCUCCUGGAUCUGCCGAUUGGUGCUGAGCAAGCUGCUGGAUCAAGCCAGAAAGAGUCGGAUGGGAAGGAAGAAUCUGCUGCUCAUCUGCAAGACCCUGAUGCGGAGGGGGGAUCAAAGGAUGAGGAUGCUGCCGGUGACAUUGACAACAACGGUGAUGACUUGCAGCAAUCUGAAUCCCCUGGGGAUGAGGAUGAUGGUUACCUGAGUGAUGACUCUGACGAACAUCUGGAGCCGGAUUCGCUUAACAGUGUCAUUGCUCUUAAGCGAUUCUCACUAACCUUACUGGUGCCGAUUCUCAGGAGUGUUGAAGUCAAGCGUGCUGCAGUGACAGUAGCUGCGAUGCUGGAUGAAUGGAAGGAGCUGCUAUCGUCAGAAAUGCUGCAGACUACGACGUACCAAGAUCUAACGGCGGUGUACUUCUCUGGUGCACGCUACGGACGGCUGCAAGUCACUUUCAACAAUGUCCGGGACGCAAAUUUUUUCUGGAAUCAAGUCAUUCGCCAUGAGUGCGUAAACGGAGACUUCAUUGAUCUCGCCUGGCAGCAUCCGGAGGACGCGCGUUUUCUCCGUGAGCGUGUGCUGAACCCCAUGGCUAAGGAGAUUGUGGUUAAAAAUGUACCGGCGGACUUAACAGCGGAGUUGAUUCGUCGGCUGUUGGUGGUGUCGAAGCUGGUCAAGAGAGGAAGGAGUGCGUUCGUCAGCGGCUUUGGCUUCCAUCGGACGGUUGACCCAGUGACUGGGCUGGAUACUGAUCGCAUCCGUGGUCUGAUUAUCCCGCACGCUGGUGAUGAGUAUCGGUGGAGGUAUUUUGUGGAAGACCCUACCACAGGGAAGCGUUACCUGCUGCACUACCCGUCGCUGACCUGUGACCUUUGUGGGGGUCAGCAUCUGUCGCGGUACCACGAUCGUUACGUCACACCGAGGCAGGAGAACUUCAGCAACUGGAACCUGUCUGUUAAGAAGACGGAUCUCUAUCUUUCCCUCCUCGCAGCUGCUUCCUUGAUAGCUUCAGACCUCCUGAAACGCAUCAUGAGGGACCCGGCAGUUAUCCUUUCUUCUACCGGGGGUGCGCGGGAGGAGUGGAUCUGUGUUCAGGCAGCAUGCGAGAAGGCACAGGGAAACCGCUUCGAACAAGCAUCUGCGCACAUCGCAUCAGCUCGGCACAAAGGGGGGCUCAAGAAGGAGGGAUCGGCAACGCGUGUCAGUGUGUCUUCUCAGAAGAUGAUUGCGUUCAAGAGGGAGUACGUUGCAAAACCGGCGAAGUGA